AUGACCAUCACCAUCCGCGAUCGAUGGGGCAAUAAGCAACAGCAGCAGCUUCCCUGCAAGGACCCUACAUGCUCCUGUCGCAAGGCGAAGAACACCGCUGUCGCCCCCACCCCGGCGCUGCUCACCUGCGCGCUCGUCUCCCGCCGCUGGCUGCACCUCUCCGCGCUUCUUCCCCGCGCCAUCACUGUUCCCCCCGGUCUCCUCUUGCCCCCCCGCGCCCUCCUGCGUACGCUCUCCCCCUUCCCCCACCUGCGCUCCCUCACGCUACACGGGGACUCUUGCCGAAGCAGCAGCAGCAGAAGAGGGACCAUCAGUGAUUGGCUCAUCGCUCGCCUGGCAGCGCUGCCGCAGCUGACGUCACUGUCGCUCGUUGGCGUUGCGGCAAUCCCGAGGCUCUCCCCAUUGGCGCCUUCCCUGCUGUGCUUAGAGAUCCGUGGCGCAGCGGAGGGGGUGGCGUAUCUCCCCGGAAAAUGCCUUGGCCGGCUGACCAGUCUGCAGGAACUGAUAGUGAGGAAUUGCAUGGCGCUGCGGCAGCUUCCGGCGUCGCUUGCGCUGCUGCCGUCGCUGCAGCGGAUUCGCGUGGAAGGAUGCUAUUUGGCGACGCUUGAUGCUUGGACGACGCCCAGGGAUGGCUGUGGGUUGGCAGCUGUGCCUUUUGAGGGCGGGGAACGAGGGGUGGGGGAAGGGCGAAGGAAUGGCGUUAUAUCUGAUGAUGAUGUUAACAUGGUUGUUUUGGUGAUGUCGGAGGGUGCGAGUGAUGCGGAGGAUGUGGAGGCAAGCUGUGGGCAGCAACUGCGGCCCCAAUGGCGAAAGCGACAGCGUCGCCAACGGAAGAAGCUUCUUCGCUGCCAAGAGAAGGCUCAGCAGCAGCGGCAGCGGAGUAAGCAGGGUGGUGUCGGCACUGCCAGUGCAGCAGCACAGCCACGCCACCCCCUCUUCUUUUCCAAGCUGCAACACCUGGACCUUGCUGACGUGUCAGCACUGCAUCAGCUGCCACGUGGCAUCCUCCAGCACCACUCGCUCAAGCACCUCUUGCUGGACGGCUACUCAGGCGCCUCCCUUUCUGCCACUUGCAGCGUUGACUCCAAGUCAACCGAGUCAACCAGGUCAAUUCUUGAACCUCCCAUCCGCAUGCCCAACCUGCAACAUCUGGUGCUGCGCAACCUUCCAAAACUUUCCCAACUGCCCGAAUGCAUUUCCCUGCCCGUCGCCUGCCCGUCCCUCACCAUCCUUUCCAUCGAGAACUGUCCGCGCUUCUCUUCCCUCCUCACUCCUCCUCCCAGCCUGCACACCUUAGAGCUUCACAAUCUUCCCAACCUGACAGCUAUGUGCAAUCCACUACGUGCCCGCUGCCCGUUGCUCUCUCCUGAGGGAGCUAUGGCUGCACGACCUUCCUUUGCUGCUCGAGCUACCGCCCUCCUUCUCCUGCCUCUCUUCCCUACAGCGUUUGGUCAUCACCCGCUGCCAUGA